ACGUCAUAUAAAAUCUGCAAAGUGCAAUUCGUUUCGAAAUACUUAUUUAAUGUUGUAUAUAUAUAAUUACAUAAUAAGAUUGUCGUAGUUUGUUUAAGUUAUUUUGAUAUAUCAGUAGACUUUGAUACGUUAACUGUAAUUUGUUUGGACCAGUUCGGAUAACACUGAAGUAAAAUUCACAUUUUGAUCUUUAUAGGCAGAAAAGCCCUUGCCUCAUUCGUUAGGAAAUAAAGAUGAAAGUGAAAAGUGUAUAGACUUAGCACUCAAAUAUCUUAAGGAAAAAAAUAUCGAAAAAGCUAUCAGAUAUUUACAAAAAGCUGAAAGAUUGUAUCCUACUGAAAGAGCUAAAGUUGUCAAUGUCUGCUUGAUGAGAUCUUGUAGGCAGGGAUGUGUAUGACUCCUGUCACCUUUAUGUCACGUACAUUUCACCACAUUGUGGUUUCAUCUACCUCAGGUUUUCAUCUUCCCCUGGUUGCCAUUCUUCAUUCUUCUCAGAAAUUCUAAAAAGAUUUACUGAAAAAAAUGAAUGAAUGUACAAGUUCCAAUAACAAUAACAAAGACUGUCAAGCUGAAACCCAUGGAAGUCCUUCACUCAAGAGACGGAAAGCUUCAAACUCAAGGGUUUCAGAAGAGAAUCACAAAGAGGAAACUAAAGUAGAAUAUACUAAAGAACAAGUAGAAGCAGUUCAAAGGAUUAAACAGUGUAAAAACUACUAUGAAAUUCUAGGAGUGUCCAAAGAUGCUGAUGAAUCAGAUCUCAAAAAGCAGUACAGAAAACUAGCACUUCAGUUUCAUCCUGAUAAAAACAAAACACCAGGAGCAGCUGAAGCUUUUAAAGCAAUUGGGAAUUCAUUUGCUGUGUUAAGUGAUCCAGAAAAAAGGAAACAGUAUGAUCUUUAUGGUUCUGAAGAGGUUCAAGCAAGAAGGAGACAAAGUCGAUCUUUUCAAGAUGGCUAUUAUGAUUACAAUCGAGGCUUUGAGGCUGACAUGUCUGCUGAAGAGCUCUUUAACAUGUUCUUUGGAGGAGGAUUUCCUUCAGGAAAUGUUUAUGUUCGUAGAGGAAACAGAUGGCAUAACUAUAGACAACAGAAUGAAGCUCAGAAUGAUCAAAGUGGCUAUAAUGCACUCCUCCAGAUGAUGCCCAUUUUGAUCCUGGUUUGUCUAUCUCUCAUGAGCAGCUUCUUUGUUUCAGAACCAGCAUUUAGUCUUAUUCAAACAUCAAAAUAUUUCCACGAGCGGAAAACAAAUAAUAUGAAAAUACCAUAUUAUGUAAAAGAGAACUUUGCCAGUGAUUAUCAGGGAAAUAUAAGAAGAAUAGAAGCCCAAGUAGAAGAAGAAUAUGUAGCAAACCUUCGGACAUCCUGUUUCAGGGAGAGAAAUUACAAGGAAAGCAUGAUAUGGCGAGCUCGUAAUUUCUUUGACCGGGAGCUUGAGGAGAAAGCAAAGAGGCUUGGAACUCCUUCGUGUGAUGCUCUCAGUAGCUUGUACCAUAGAGACAGCAAAGGAUUAUAGUGUUCAUACUAGGAAGUGUAAAUAAUAUCCUGAAACUCAGGAAUUCUAAGAAUUUUUGUAGAGUAGUGUUGAUAGUGAACAAAAAACUGUUUACUGUGUUGGCUAUCUGCACAUUAUAUUCUAAGUCUUCAAACUUAUAUAUAUCUUUAUUAUCUUUUUAUUGAACCCAUAACAAGAAAGAACCCUAUCACGCAUCUGGUUGUUUUUUAACUUUACAUUGGUUGGAUUUCUUCUGUUUUUUACAAUAGAAAUAGUAAUAAAUUUUCUAAAGAUAUGCCUUUAUAAAUUCAUGAAGAAACACUCAAAUUUUUUGGAAUUACACAAAAUGAAACUCAAUUUAUAGCCUUAUAAUUUUAGUAUUAAAAAAUUUGCCUUUGAUAUUAAUGUGACAUAAACAUAAGGAAUGAUGAAGGGAACAAUGAAUUUUUAUUUUCUAAAAUGAUGUGUGAGGAGAUAUAUUGUCCCUUCUAACUGUUUUUAUUAAUGUUAUUUACCACGUUUGGUGUGUUUUGUAGCUGUAUAGUAUCAAACUCUAAGAAACCUUAGCCUCUAUCUUAUUCAUGAUGGCAACCACUUCAGGUUAUUUUGCUGAUAUUAGUAGGUGAACAAAAAAUACGGAAAUCUUAUAUGGCACCAGUUUUUUGUAACUGUUCCAAGAGGUAAUAAGUUAAAAGGUUAAAUUUAACUCAUAAGUUCCCUUUUGGCACAAUACUUAAAUAUGAUUUUUAUGACCAUUCAUUUUGAGUUUCAGUACAUCAAUCCCAGCUCAAAAUUAAAGGAUUCUGGUCUUUAAUUACAGAAUGGCAUAUGAAUUAGUAAAUUUCUGUAGUUCUAAUAAUGAAACUUAAAAGUUUUUUAACAAUCUGUAUCAGUACAUGGUUUUUACUGAUUGCAUAUACUAAUUCUAAUUCUCUUGGAGGCAAAUCUUUUGGGAAAAAAAGUGCCAUUAACCAUCUAAAUUUGUGGUUAAAUUACUAUGACUGUCAAGUUUGAGCAUGUAUGUUGUUCCAAGAGUUUGCUAUGAUUAUAUAACAACAAACACACCAUUAUUCCAUUUCUAUUAAGUGCAAAUUAAAUAUUUUUAAUGAAGUCAGACUAUACUUGAAAAUAUUUUUAAAAUGUAAUUUUUUUUUUUCUGCCAGAUGAGACCAGAAAUAGUUUGGAUACUAGAAUUAUGUGCAUGCAAUUAAUGAUAUCUGGUUGCAUUAAAUAUUUAUCUCUUCAUAAAGCUUGCAUAGGAAUACCACUUAUUAAUAUAAAGAAAUCAAAUUGACUCUACCAAGUUUUUGUUUUUCAAUGGUUAUAUCAUUUUUCUUUUAUAUUAAUCAUUCUAAGACAAUAUGAAAGUGAGUAGUUUAAGUUGUGUAAAAAUUUCAGCAGAAAUCCCCAAGUUUCUGCAUAGUACUGAGUUUUUAAUAUACAAAAAAUAGCAGGCUAAACUUAAUAUAUAAAAAUCAAUACGGUCUAACCUGGCAUAAUUAUGAUAAAUUGGAAAUGCAGUAUCCAGUUGCAUUUAUCAUUAUUAUUAUUCGAAUAAUGGAAUGUUUAUUUGACCUUUAUAUUC